UUCAGCCGCAGAGCGUAUUUCAACCGCAGCCGCAAAAACAAACUCAAACUCGCAGCUAAUCGCUGCAUAAAUUGCUGUUCGAAUUGAACAAUUGAACAGUCUCAGUUCGCAGCUCAGAUCGGAAAUAAGCUACAAAAGCCAGUUGAAGCAAAAAUCAAAUAAUAAUAAUAAGUUAGUAGCAGUUUGCAUUCGCGUGUUUUGAAGAUUCGAAAUGAGAUUGGUGAUCUUGGAAACCAGCGACUCGGUUGGCAAGUGGGCAGCCAAAUAUGUGAUGAAACGUAUCAAUGACUUCCAGCCGAGCGCCGACAGAUACUUUGUUUUGGGCCUGCCCACUGGUUCCACUCCAUUGGGGAUGUACAAGGAGCUGAUCGAGUUUCACAAGCAGGGCAAGGUAUCCUUUCAGUAUGUGAAAACCUUCAAUAUGGAUGAGUAUGUGGGACUGGCCAGAGAUCACCACGAAAGCUAUCACUACUUCAUGUGGAACAACUUCUUCAAGCACAUCGACAUUGAACCCAGGAAUGUGCACAUUUUGGAUGGCAAUGCAGCUGAUCUGGUGGCCGAGUGCAACAAGUUUGAGGAUCAGAUCCGCGAGGCUGGCGGAGUGGAGCUGUUUAUCGGUGGCAUUGGACCCGAUGGCCAUAUUGCCUUCAAUGAGCCCGGAUCCUCGUUGGUGUCCAGGACUCGCGUGAAAACUCUGGCACAGGAUACACUGGAAGCGAAUGCCCGUUUCUUCGAAAACGAUAUGAGCAAGGUGCCAAAGCAGGCCCUAACCGUGGGCGUUGGCACUGUGAUGGACUCCAAGGAGGUGAUGAUCCUGAUCACCGGAGCUCACAAGGCAUUCGCCCUGUACAAGGCCAUCGAGGAGGGUGUGAAUCACAUGUGGACCGUUAGUGCCUUCCAGCAGCAUGCAAACACACUGAUGAUCUGCGACGAGGAUGCCACUUUGGAGCUGAGAGUUAAGACCGUGAAAUACUUCAAGGGCAUUCUCAGAGAUCUAGACGAAGGCUCCCAACUGGAGGGCUACAAAAACUGACUUUGCGUAAAAGCCUAAUGGACGUACAUUCCAAGCUGAUAGAGCAACAAAAGUCGACGUAACCCCCGAUAACCAAGCGAAUAUGGAGACCUGGAUUCCAUCGAACUACUAAAAACUCGUUACCAUCAGAACCAGCAUUAUAGUUUUCAAAUCAAAUCACACGAAUUUUUUAUAUAAUAAAUGUAUUUUUAUAUGUUAAA